AUGGGCCCCAAAUCUGAUUUCAAGUUCAUCACCGUCGAUGCCACUGAAGGGACUUUCCAAACUGCGAGCAAAUCCACCAGAAGUCAUGCUAUUCGAACUGCCAUCCAGAGGGGCCGUUCGGAUCUGGGAUCCUCGACGGCCUCAAUUUCACAAGACACCAUCAAGCAGAAGGCCCAGUUGAAGGGACGAUUCAGGUUGGCGGGAACAACGCUCAAGUCAACCAAACCCAAGGGUCCAAAGCAUCUGCAAGAACAAGAAAAAGAACAAGAAGAUGUGCAGUCAACUCGCCGUUCCCAUUCUCCAUCCGACAUUGCUGGGUUUCUGCACCAAGCAUCGCUGCCACCAUGGGUACAGAGACUGGGGAGCGAUAGCGCUGACCCCUUCAAUACGCUGCCUAUUCCAAGUAGUCCUUGCGUAGACUCUCUGGUGAAAUAUUUCACCACCAGAUUCAAUCUCAACUCCACCACGAUCGACACUCAGAGACCAUGGUUUCCCUAUGCUAUGCAGAGCGCUCUCAUCAUGCGCGUUACGCUGGCCUUGGCAGCAGAGUUUCUGACCGCCACCAUGCCUCUUCUUGACUUCAAGCUCCAGCGGGAAGGGUACCAGCAAAAGGGGGAAGCGAUGCGGAUGAUCAGAGAUCGUCUAGCUUCUCAAGAAUCUGCCCGUAGUGCAAGCAAUGAUCUCUCUGUUCUUGCCGGCGUGGCCAUGCUGGGAAGCGUUGAAGCUUUUCAAGGUCACUUUUCGGCGGCAAACGUCCACUUGACAGGGCUCCACGCCAUGAUAGAAGCUCGAGGGGGACCGGAGACGAUCAAACACGACUACAUCCUCUGUCGCUGCAUCAAUUGGAUCGACAUUCAAGUAGCCUCGGGUCUCGGAAGAGUGCCAAAGUUCCCCAUGUUCCACACUCUCGCGCAGGUGUCUCUCCCGCCGUCGGUCGUGAAUCGCGCAAGGACGCCUUCCCUGCGACACUUGGAGAAGCUCGGCGGCCACAUCCCCGACGAGAGCGACGAGCCGCUGAGGAUCUUUGUGGCGCUGAGGCAGGCGAUUCUCUCGCAGGCAGGCGGUGCCGUGUCCGUGUCCGCAGACGACAUCAGGAUCGUCAUGAACACGGCCGAUAGCACAAUUCUGCACUUUUUAUACGUGGAGCGCCGGACAGCAACGCCAGUGCAGAAACGAUUCCUAGUUCUCGUCUCUGCGGCCCACGUGUUUCUUUAUACCGUUUUGCGAGAGAUCCCGACGACGGGACACAUGGUUCGGGUCCUCGUCAGGAGGAUGCGCGACGCCCUCGAUGACGCGGAUUCCAUUGCACUCAUGUGGGUGUCUCACGAUGCCGCCUUGUUGUGGGUUCUCUUUGUGGGCAUCGUCGGGUCCGGAACAACCGAGGACCGUGAGUGGUUCUCGUCUAGACUAAACAGCUUGCUGGAACGAGCCAGGGGUAUUUUGCCGCCGGAACGAUGCAGGCGCGAGAACCUGCAGCAGCUCCUUUCCGGGUUCCUCUGGCGGGAUAAGCAUUGCUUACCAGUCUUGGAUGAAGUGUGGGCAACGUGGGAGCGCGGCCAAGGCGGUACUGGUGCUGGCGGUGUUGGUGUUGGUGUCAUGUAGAAAUGAGGAAAAUGCACGGAUGCAGCAAACCACUUGGAGUUCCCACAACGUCAAAUAACGGACACGGGAUUGGCCCAGUUGCUGCUCGCGGGUUCCCCGUGUGUGGCCGGAGCGUUCACCGCGUGAGGGAUGCAUGGAUCGGGGACUCCAGCUUGCGAUAUCGUCCGCUUCUCGGAGUGGUCAGCGGCUGGGAUGGUCCGAGUUGCAGCAAUCUCGGCCGUUGAUGCGUUCGUCCGGCUGAAACCGAAAGGGACCAUGGACUGGGAACAUCAUGAUAACAUGGCAGCAUGGCAAAAAGAAGAAUGGCACGACUCAGGUUUGGAGGAAUGUCAUCUCCAGGAACGACCAGACCGGUUCAGAACAGAGUGCGACGAUAAUUUCGAGGAUGACCGCCACACCAACAGCGCGCGCCCUUUAACAAAUUACAAACGCAAACAGGCCCCAUCCCCGCAGUUCUACCCCGGAUUCAAUGACACAAUCGGAAUUGCCAACAGCUUCGUUCAGUCCAUGUCCUUCACCCUCCCCUGCUCGUGCUGGCUGCCCCCCCGGUAACGAGAAGCGAGCAAAAGCCCGUCGCAAACCGCUUCCAGUUGCUCCUUCGUACGAAGAUCUCGCACGCCAAAGCUGUGUAGCUCGGUUCUCGCGGCACGACGGCCGAGUCGUUUGACGCAAGUUUGAACCUUCGGAUCCGCCAAACGCGGUAGAUCAGCUAGUUUAUCACCCUCAACUACACUAGACGCCAA